CUUUAUGUUUUUUUUUUUUUUCCUUUGCUUUUCCAUUUUUGUUUUUUUGCAGGAUUUGUUUUCAUUUUCUGGUUUGAAGUUCCUUCCUUUUAGAUCUAAAAACCUCCACAGAUUCCUGAAUCUCUGUUAAUUUGACUCACGCACGACCACAGAACUAGUUGCGGCAGAAGGGAAAUUCUCUACAGUGCCGAAGUUCUUCCCUUUUAGCGCCCCACUUGUUUGGAAAGUUGGAACAACGCUCCAUUUUUGCUUCGCCGUCAUUUCGCUUUAUUUUGCAUCUUUGGCUCUGUAACAUGGUCACUUGGAAGGUCUUGGUCAAAGCCAACAGGUCAUGACAACUGUUGUUUUUGGUGUUGAAAGACAAGAAUUUUAUUAUUGUUUUGCAAUUUGGAUACUUUCUAGCCGUUAUUGUACGCACGGGGAUCAUCUGGGGUUACUAAACUUUGGUUUGGAUUUCUAUUGAUGGCAUCUAUUAGAAGAACUUUGUCGCCUGUUGCUAGGGCUGGAACUGCAACGAAUGUUGAAGUCUGUUCAGUAGCUUCUCCGUUGUCUAAGUCGUCGUCAAGUCCUCAUAACUGGUCACCUUCAGUUGGAUUGGACUACCGUGCUUUUGUGUUUGGUGCUUUCUCCCCAAGGUCUUUCAGGGGUUUUGAGAGAUCAAAACCCAGGGGCCAGCUCUGGAGGAAGGUACUAUUCCAUUUUUUCAUCUGUUUCAUGGUUGGUGUUUCUGUUGGACUCAUUCCACUUGCAUCAGUACACAUGUCAAUGAAUCUCAUGCCAAAACAUCGAGCCUUCUCAUUUGAGGUGAUAUCUGCAAUGGGAAAUUUCCAGCAGCUUGAAAAUGCAGCGAUAAAUAUAACACCAUCAGUCAACGAGGCUGUGAAUUUUAAUGCUUCUUUGUAUGUAACUGCGAAAGAACCAGAUCUAAUAGAUGGCGUGGCAUAUAAUAUGUCAAAUAGCCAAAUCCGUGAACAUUCACAUGUGGAGUCUCAGAAGCUACUCAUCAUUGUGACUCCAACAUACAAUCAUCUAUUUCAAGCAUAUUACUUGCAUCGCUUGUCACAAACAUUAAAACUGGUCUCACCUCCCUUGUUGUGGAUUGUUGUUGAGAUGACUUCCCAAUCUGAAGAAACUGCUGACAUCUUAAGGAGUAGUGGGAUUAUGUACAGGCAUCUCACUUGUAAAACAAAUAUAACAAACCCAGGCCAUAGGAGCAUUCUUCAAAGAAAUAUUGUAAUGGCUCACAUUGAAACUCAUCGUCUUGAUGGAAUUGUUUACUUUGCAGAUGAUGAUAACAUCUAUUCAGUGGAGCUCUUUCAGCGAAUGAGAGAAAUAAGGCGAUUUGGAACAUGGACUGUAGCAAGAUUAUCAGGGGAUAGAAGUAGAAUUGUCUUGCAAGGACCCAUCUGUAAUGGAAAUCGAGUAAUUGGAUGGCAUACGAAUGAAUCAAAUGGGAAAUCCAAAAGAUUUCAUGCUGAAAUGUCGGGCUUUGCCUUCAAUAGUACGAUACUCUGGGAUCCAAAGAAGUGGCAUCGCCCUACUCUAGAAUCUAUCAGGCAACUUGACUCGGUCAAGGACAGUUUGAGGGUCAGCACAUUGAUUGAGCAGUUGGUUGAAGAUGAAAGUCAAAUGGAGGGCUUGAUGGACAACUGCUCGAGAAUUAUGGUCUGGCAUAUCGAUCUUGAAUCAUCUUAUUCGUCCUAUCCACAGAAAUGGAUUGUAAAGAACAACCUAGAUGCCAUUUUUCAGCUUCCACUUGUGUGAAAUCCUGGUGGAGAAGUGGAGAGCAGUAAAUCUUCAUCCUGGCUGGGAGAUAUUAUAAAGAAUUGAAGGUGAUCUGCAAAUGCUUUGUUAUCUAUCUUCAACUGAUUCAGUGGUUGGCUACUCCAUAUAACGUGAAUGACUGCCACUGUCACGUGGUGGCAUGGUUGUUUCCUGUGAAAAACUCCAUUAACUAAUGGUGCAUUUUCCCCUCUAACAAUUUGUACAUUAUAAAAACAAUUAUAUAGUUUCUGAGCAGUCCACACCACACUGUCACAUUUUGGAUUUUUGUAGAGCACAUAGCAGAGGCAGUGACGUUUCAAUUGGACCCCUGCUACUUCCCUCCAUCUUUUGUUACAGUUGAACAAUCUCUCCUGUAAAAUUAUGGCAGGAAUUUUGAAUGUGAAAAUAUGUAACAGUUUUCACUGCA